AUGGUGAGUGCGAGGUAUCAGGGCCGGGACUGGGAGGGACCGGUUCGAGCUGAAUGGAACCGGCCGGAGGCGGCUGCGGGCCGGGUCUCCUAUGUCCCUCGGGUACGGACCCGAGUGUCUGCGGACUCAGUGGUUUUUGAGGAUGUGGCUGUGGACUUCACCCAGGAAGAGUUGGCCUUGCUGAACCCUGCUCAGAGGAAACUCUACAGAGAUGUGAUGCUGGAAACCUUCAGGAACCUGGUUUCAGUAGCUGAUGAGAUUCAACUUAAAACCAAUGGGUCCACUUCCCAGAAGGAUAUUUUUGGAGAAAAAUUAUCCAAUGAACAGAAGAUAGCGAGGUUCACCAAAAAUGAUUCUUGGACCUCCCUUUUAGAAGAAAAUUGGGAAGACCAGUGUACUGAAAAUAAGCACAACCAGGGGAGACAUUUGAGCAAAAAUAUGAUAGAGAGAUUCUGUGAAAGUAGUAAAAGUAAUAAAUAUGAAGAAACCUUCAGCCAUAUUCCAAGUCUUAAGCUGCACAAGAAGACUCCUGCUGGAGUAAAACUGUAUGAAUGCGGUCAGUGUGGAAAAGUCUUCAGGCAUUGUUCAUCCCUUAAGAGGCACAAAAAAAGUCACACUGGACACAAACUCUAUCAAUGUGUGGAAUGUGGGAAAGCCUUUAGUUGUUCUUCAUACCUAAGUAAUCAUGUGAAAACACACAGUGGGGAGAAACCCUAUGCAUGUAAACUUUGUGGGAAAACAUUUAUUCGUUCCCAUUCCCUCACUGGACAUAUAAGGAGUCACACUGGAGAGAAACCGUACAAAUGUAAGCAAUGUGGAAAAGCCUUCAGUUGUCCUAAGUCCUUUCGAGUACAUGUGAUGAUGCACACUGGAGGGAGACCUUAUGAAUGUAAACAAUGUGGGAAAGGGUUCAGUUGUCCCAAAUCCUUUCAAGUACAUAUGAUAAUGCACACUGGAGAGAAACCCUAUGAAUGUAAGCAGUGUGGGAAAGCCUACUGUUGGCUCACAUCCUUUCAAAGACAUGUGAGAAUUCACAAUGGAGAGAAACCGUAUACAUGUGAACAAUGUGGGAAAGCAUUCAGUUGGCCUUCAUCCUUACACAAACAUGUCAGAAUGCACAGGAGAGCUAUAAAUGUAAGCAAUGUUGGAAAGCCUUCAGAUGGCCCUCAUUCUUCCAAAAAUGUCAGAAUGCAGACUGGAGAGAAAUCAUAUAAAUGCGAAGAAUGUGGGAAAACAUUUGGUUGGUUCUCAUCCUUGCACAAACAUGUCAGAAAGCACUCUGGAGAGAGACCCAUAAAUAUAAGUAAUGUGAAAAAGCCUUCAAUUGGCCCUCAUCCUUCCAAAAACGUCAGAAUGCAGACUGGAGAGAAACCUUAUAAAUGUGAAAAAUGUGAAAAAAGAUUCAGUUGUCUCAAAUCCUUUCAAUGUCAUGUGAGAACUCAUAGUGGAAAGGAACCCUGUACAUAUAAGUAAUGUGGGACAUUCUGAAGGAAAUUAAUUAAUGUGUAACAGUCCAGGAAGUUCAUAUUGGGAGAGAAGUCUUAUAGAAAUUAUAACUAUGAUAUUGCCUUGAUCAGUACCUCGUCCUUAAAGUGGACUCUUAGCAAAUG